UCCAGUCUGCGCACCAGCGGUCGGGGAAAGCAGCAGUCUGACCGGAUCUACUGUCUUGACAACACGCUCUCCGCAGACGGCGCGGUGGCCACAGGGUCUAAUUAAAUGACUGCAAACACACUCAAUAAGAAGCCAUAGAAUUUUACUUUUAUAUUUUUUUUAUAAAAAAAUACCAAAGAUGGAGUUGGACCCUGCGGUCAUCAUUCCGGCCAUUCUGUUCACCAUAGUUGCCAUUUAUUUAGCGUCUUCCUACUUGAACAAGAAGGUCGAGGCACCUGCGAACAAAAAGAAACGCCGCGUGGUUGAAGAGAAGGAUGAAGUUUGCUCGUCUAGUUAUGUGUCGGUUCAGAACGUGGAGCCCAGAGUGGAGAAGCCCGCUGUGAUCGAAGAAGUGAAACCUGUCGUGGUGGCCAAGGCCGAGCCUGUGCCCGUUGUGGCCCCUGUUGUAGCGGAGGUGGCCCCUGUGGUAGCGGAGGUGGCCCCUGUGGUAGCGGAGGUGGCCCCUGUGGUAGCGGAGGUGGCCCCUGUGGUAGAAGAGGUGGCCCCUGUGGUAGAGGAGGUACGACCCGUGGAAACAGUGGUCUCUGGCCAUCAAAUCACAGAAGUUGAGGUUGCACCACAGCCUAAACCCGAACCAGAACCAGAGAUCGUCUCCCUCCCGGAACCAGUGGUGGUGGAGUCCAUCCCUGAGCCAGAACCAGUCGCACCGGCUGUAGAAGCAGUGACAGAACUGUUGGUAGAAUCGCUCCCAGUGCCAGAACUUCAGUCACUCCCAGAACCACAGGAGGAGGAGCCGGUCGUCGUAGCGGAACCUGUAGUCGUGGAAGAACCGGUUGUUGUGAAGGAACCCGAGCCCGCCACAGAACCUGAAGCCCCCAAACCUCAGGAGGAAGAGCCGGUUAUUGUAGCAGAACCUGUAGUCGUAGAAGAACCGGUUGUUGUGAAGGAACCCGAGACCGCCACAGAACCUGAAGCCAAGCCGGAACCAGAAGCAGAACCAGAGUCUGUGUCAGAGUCGACCAUUCCAACAGAACCCUCUCAGCCAACUGCUGACGAGACUCCCAUCCCAGAACCAACCGUUGAUGUCCUGCCUGAGGAGACCUCUCCAGAAGAAGUCCCUCAGACCAGUGAGUUCUCCCCAGGACCAUCCUGACUAGGCCUCCCCGGC